UAAUUGAACGCAAUAUCAUUUUAUUUUAUGUAGAAAAGAACUUAGGGUUGGACAUUUUUUUUAAAUUGUCAAAAAAUAUUAUGCUGUUGUGUGGCUUUCCAGAAACUUAUGAUUCUGACUGUAGCAUGGUAUUCUUGUUAUCAGGUCUGCGUAGCGUAUGAGUUCGCUUAGUGUUACUUCCCAAUCCUCGUGCAUAAAAAGCUAAAAUGAGACGAGUUUUUCCAAGUGUGUUAAUUGUGAUGGCAAUUCUAGCAUUUGCGCCCACAAAUGGAGUGAGAAGACUAUUGGAGUUUGUAGAACAAGAUCAACUUGAUGGACCAUGUAAUUGCAAUGUCCGUAAACUCAAUGACCCUUAUUGGAAGGAUUCUUGGCAUUUGCUAAACGAAACUCCGCCAAGCAUGAAAAUCAUCGAAGCGUGGGAUAAAGGCUUCACAGGCAAAGGCGUUGUGGUGACUGUGGUCGACGACGGACUUGAUUACCGACAUCCAGAUUUAAUCAAUAAUUACGACCCAGCAGCUUCGUACGAUAUAAACGAUGGUGAUUCUGAUCCUACGCCUCGUCCCACUUAUACUAAUGAAAACAGGCAUGGAACUCGGAUGGCAGGAAUUAUAUCAGCGACCGCUAACAAUGAAGUUUGUUCAGUGGGAGUUGCUCCGAAGUCGACCAUCGGGGGCAUUCGCCUACUUGAUGGCAACGUCGAUGACGAUGCAGAAGCUGUUGCUUUUAGUUUUGCUAAUGAUCAUAUCGAUAUUUAUGCAAUUGCAUUUGGACCUGAUGAUGACGGAAAAACAGUUGAUGGACCGGGGCCAAAAGCAAUGGAAGCAAUAGAAAGAGCUAUCAAAAUGGGUAGAAAUGGAAAAGGAAGCAUAAUCGUUUCCUCAACUGGAAACGGAGGAAGAUAUUUUGAUGAUUGUAACUGUGAUGGCUAUUCGAAUAGUAUCUACACAAUUGGAGUAGGAAGCAUAACGAGUAACUCAACACAGCCUUGGUACGGAGAAAAAUGUUCAUCAAUGUUGGCGGCAACAUACAGUUCAGGUGGAACGAGGCACAAGGAAAUGACAACAACAGAUUUGAAUAGCCGUUGCACCACUAAACACACUGGCAAUAGUCCAUCGGUAUCGAUUGCUGCUGGAAUGUGCGCGCUUGCCUUGGAAGCAAACCCAUAUUUAACGUGGAGAGAUAUGCAACAUUUGAUUGUACAAACCGCAAACCCAUAUGGCUUGAAGGUAGAUGACUGGAUAACCAAUGCAGUAGGGAGAAAAGUUAGCCGUACAUUUGGAUAUGGAUUGAUGGACGCUGAUGCAAUGGUGACCAAAGCAAGGAAUUGGACCCACGUACCCAAACAAGUGUCCUGUAGAGUAACAGUUCAAGGGUCAGAAUGGUAUGUCAACAACAAUCGUCCUACAAGUGUACAGAUUCCGACAUUUCCUUGCGAAGAUGGAGGCAUACUUCCCGAUAGACUUGAACAUGUUGUUCUGAAAAUAAACACUCACAAAAUCUAUCAACUUGGAUUGCUGUCGAUUCAUCUGGAGUCACCUUCACAUACACGAUCAACAAUAGUCGGAGAAAGAACAAAAAUUGAUAAUCGAUACAGAGGUUUUUUGAACUGGAAUUUCACUUCAGUUCAAUUUUGGGAUGAAAAUCCAGUGGGUGACUGGGUUGUGAUUUUUGAACGGAAGAAUUACGUCGCCAUUAGAAGUCCGAUUGUAUUGACACUGCACGGUACUCUGGAUAAAGACUGGGAAAAACUGAAGCCUCGACCCACAAGUGCCCUUGAGGCUCCCGUAGAAGAUGAAACUACCGAUAAGACCAUUACAGGAACUUCAAUUGAUCCUGAAGAAGAAAAUAAACAAAAAUUGCUUCGAGACAUGAGAUACAUUGCUUGCAAGACUGGAUGUCAUAUACAAUCUUUGUUUGAACCGGACAAACCAUGCAAUUGUGUCUUUUAAUUAACGAACAUCGAUUGUUAAUAGUGGAUAAGACAGACCAAUUGUGUGACAAAUAUAUUGAAAUAAAGUUACUUUCUGAACUGCA